UUAGCAAAACAUCCUCAUACUUUAUAGCUCCACCCACUUUCUCUGUCACACUAUAAACACAGAAAACGAAUGUUUAUUCAGAGAAAUCUAAACUGGUUUCCACAUACUCCUCUCUCUUACUCUGUGUCUGAGGAAAAUGGCCGAGGCCAACAUUUCAGUAGAUCAGGACCAGUUCAUCUGUCCAGUGUGUCUGGAUCUCCUGAAGGAUCCGGUGGCGAUCCCCUGUGGUCACAGUUUCUGUAAGGUGUGUAUUAAUAUCUCCUGGGAUCAGGAGGAUCAGGAGGGCGUCUACAGCUGUCCUCAGUGCAGAGACACUUUCACUCCGAGGCCUGUUCUACGCAGAAACAACAUGCUGGCUGAAGUGGUGGAGAAACUGAAGAAGACUGAAGUCCAAGCUGCUUCUCCUGCUCACUGUUACGCUGGACCUGGAGAUGUGGAGUGUGAUUUCUGCACCGGGAGAAAACACAAAGCCGUCAAGUCCUGUCUGGUGUGUCUGGCUUCAUUUUGUGAAAUUCAUCUGAAACCUCAUCUAGAGGUUUCUGCUUUGAAAAAACACACAUUAAUCGAAGCCUCAGCAAAACUACAAGAGAAGAUCUGCUCUCAACAUGAUAAAAUAAUGGAGAUCUACUGUCGUACCGAUCAGACCUGCAUCUGUUACUUGUGUAUGAUGAAUAAUCACAAAGGACACGACACCGUCACAGUCACAGCAGAAAGAGCCGAAAAACAGAGAGAGUUAAAGGAGGAGCAGAUGAAAUCCCAGCAGAGAAUCCAGGAGAAGCAGAAGAAGGUGCAGGAGCUGAAACAGACUGUGAACACUAUAAAGUUCCAAACACAGACAGCAGUGGAGGACAGUGAGAUAAUCUUUACUGAGAUGAUCAGCUCCAUGGAGAAAAGGCGCUCGGAGGUGACGGAGCUGAUCAGAGCUCAGGAGAAGGCUGAACUGAGUCGAGCUGAACGACUCCUGGAGCAACUGGAGCAGGAGAUCGCUGAUCUUCAGAGGAGAGUCACUGAGAUGGAGGAGCUUUCACACACACACGAUCACGUCCACUUCCUCCAGACUUUCGCUUCUGGACGUCAGUCUCCUCCAUUAGACAGACCAGAGUUUCAGACAUCCAGCAUCACUGACCUUCAACAUCUCUCAUUUGAUGGAGUGAGGAAUUCUCUCUCGGACCUGAAGAAGCGAUUCAAGGAAUUCUGUAAGGAGGAAUUCAACAAACUCCUUCCACAUGCUGCAGCGGUUCAGCAGGCGAUUUCACCAUCAGAGCCAGAAAGCAGAGAAGAUUUUCUGAAAUAUUUCCAUUAUCUGACUCUGGAUCCAAACACGGCAUAUCGUCACCUCAGACUGUCUGAGAACGACAGAGUGGUGAGGUACAGCGAGAGAAAGAUGACGUUCUUUGAUCAUCCAGAAAGCUUUGAAUGCUUUGCUCAGGUGUUGAGUAAGGAGAGUGUGUGUGGACGCUGUUACUGGGAGGUGGAGUGGAGCGGUGAUGGUGUGUCCAUAUCGGUCUCAUAUAAAGGGAUCGGAAGGAAAGGACGGGGUGACGAGUGUCUGUUUGGACGCAACAAUCAGUCCUGGAGUCUGUGGUGUUCUUCUUCUUCCCUCUCUUUCUAUCACAACAACAUUAAGACCGAGCUCAGAGUUCCAUCAUCCUCCAGAAUAGGAGUGUAUGUGGAUCACAGUACAGGAACUCUGUCCUUCUACAGCAUCUCUGACACGAUGAGGCUCUUCCACAGAGUCCGCACCACAUUCACUCAGCCUCUAUACACCGGGUUCUGGGUGGGUAUUCAAUCACUUGUGAGGUUGGGUGAUCCAAAAUAAUAAGUCUGUGGUAUUUAAUGGUCUGUAACAGGUUGAUACAAACUGAUGCAUAUUUUUAUGCAUUAAAUCGUUAAAACGCUGGGUUUAGACUCAGCCUAGGGUCAUCAUGAAUACUGUUGUAUAGAGUUGUGGGUUUUUUAUUGGAAAAACAAUACAAAUGAGUUUUCUUCAACAUUGAUGUAAGGACGUGAAAUCAUUUGAGUGGCUUAAAUGAUUAAACUGGGAAUGUUUGGAGUUCUUUAAUAUGAAUUCAGUGUAUUUUAUAUGAUCACUAUCCUAUAUUUAUUAGGGACGCCACCAG